UGUGAGAUAAGUCGUUAUACAGUUGUGUGCAUACUCGUUUAAUAUGGAGUGAUUGCGAGUUGCAAAUUAUUGCGAAUUUGAACAAGGAAAGAGAGGAAAUUGAAUUAGUUGAAUUGAACGAGUUAACUGUGACCAAUGAAUCAAACCAAACCACACAAUAAAAAAUCACAAACCAUUCACCAAUUCUAUUUCGGAGCAUCAUUUGACUUGAGUAUCUUACAUAAAUCAAUUUCGCCUUGCAUUAAAACCACAAGUUGUCGGAGUUCUCAUUAAAAUAAGUGUCAUUCGCUGGUUGGAAUUGCAAUUUGCAACUUUUUCUGCAUGUAAAGUUGACUUUCAUACUUAUUGAAGAAAGUUAGGUCGAAAAUCUGCACUAUCUACGAUGGACAUUGUAGUGGAAUCUCCGGAGCAUGAAGAAGGCAAACUCCAUCGUCUUUUGGAGGGACCGGUACAAACCUUCCCCGGAAAUGCUUCUCUGGCUCAAUAUUUCCAAGCUGGGUUUGGCGACUCGCAACGAAUCGCUCCCUUCCAGACUGCAUUGUUUGAUGAUGAAAAGAUCCACAAUUUCAAACACUUGGAUGAAGUGUCGGCCCGAAUGGCGGAGGUUAUCCGAAAAAUUAUACACGUUAACUAUCGAAAUAUGAAUCCGGAUCAGGAUAUUGUAAUUGGAGUGUGCAUACCACCUUCGGACAAAUUGGUUUUUACGUUGUUUGCCAUCAUGAAAUUGGGAGCUGCCUACUUGCCUUACGAAGUAUCUUUCCCGGAGGAGAGAGUCAUAAAAAUAACCAGGGACGCUCGCCCCGUUUUGAUAAUCUCCGAUCAUCACACCAAUGUUCUGUCAAAGUUUGAUGCCGUGAAAGACCUCACUAAAGUGACGAAUACGGCAGACCUCAUUAAAAUGGCGGACGAGAUAGAAAUCUCAGUGGAUGAUCUUCGGCGUACUCCUCCAAUGAUUUCGUCUCAAUCAAUGGCAGAAAGGACGGCAAUUGUCCUUUAUACUUCGGGAAGUUCUGGUGAACCGAAAGGGGUCCGUUUGAGUAACAGGGCCAUCAUGAAUCGGCUUCAAUGGCAGUGGCAAAAUUUUCCCUUUGUUCCGGAAGAUAGAUGCGUUUUUAAAACGUCGUUGACUUUUGUCGACUCUGUGGCGGAGAUAUUUGGACCUCUCCUUCAAGGAAGUCCGCUCACAAUUCUUUCAAAAACCACAACCACACAGCCAAAUAUUUUCAUACAAAAACUUGACCAAUACAAAAUCACUCGACUCGUCCUUGUACCUUCUUUACUUCGAGCAAUGUUUCAAACCAUCAAACUCAUCGGUGAAGAUGCCAGAGUGAUGUUGGAGUCGGUAAAAUUGUGGGUUUGUUCUGGCGAGACGAUGACAAAAGAUUUGGUCAUGGAGUUCUUUGAAUACUUUCCACAAGGAUAUACAAUCUGCAAUUUUUAUGGAUCGACCGAAAUCAUGGGAGAUGUGACAUACGUCUCAUUUUCGUCUAAGCAAGAAGUUUUCGAAAGAACUUUCGAACAACACAUCCCAAUCGGGGAACCAAUCAAUAACACGGUCAUCUACAUUUUGAACAAUCAACUUGACAUGACUCCAAUGGAAGAAAUUGGCGAAAUUUAUGUCGGAGGCUACAAUUUGGCCAAAGGCUACGUCGGACAACCAGAAGACUCGAGAUUCAUAACGAAUCCAUUUUGCAAAACGAACGGAUUCAGCCGCCUCUAUAAAACUGGAGAUUUCGGUAAAAUUACUGAAACUCAAGGCAAAAUUCGCACCUUGGCGUAUGAAGGGCGAGUAGAUUCCCAGCUUAAGGUCAGAGGCCAGCGAGUCGACCUGACAGAAAUCGAAAUGGUCAUGAGUGGCAUUCAUUUGGUUUCAAAAGCGAAGGUUCUGUGUUAUCAUCCCGGACUUGAGGAUCAGACAAUCGUUGCUUUCCUCGUGCCUGCAAGUGGCACGCAUAUGGAUAGAAUAAAAACCAUGGUUGAUACCCGUCUUCGAGAUUAUGAGCGUCCUGUUCUUCGUGUGAUUGAUGAUGUUCCACUUCUCGUUAAUGGGAAAACAGACAGGCAGAGAUUACUCAAAAUGUAUGAACAAGAUUUGGAAAACAGAACGACAUUCGUAGAAUGGAACACUUUAGAUUUCACAGAGCCCAAGAGUGAAGUUGCAAAAGUCGUGUUGACCACGAUGGCUGAAAUCACUGGAACCGCGGUGGAGACGAUCGCUGAAAAUCUAAACAAUUCCUACUACAAUGUCGGCGGAUCCUCUCUCAACUCAAUUCAGGUCAUUGUAAAGCUUCGAGAGAGAAAGUGCUAUGUCACAAUUCCAGAUUUCUUGAACUCGAGAACAAUCCGAGACAUUGUUGACAGCGCCUACUUAAUUACGGAGGAUGAUGACGACGCCGACGAAGACAUGGCUUUGACCGUUUUCGAGCAAGGAAAGAAAACAUACACGAUCAGUUAUUUGACGGAUGAUGAUCAUGAUGAAACCCUGAAUAUCAUAGCCUACAGCUUCUCGCAUCAUGGUGACCUCGAAAAAUACACGGAUGCCACAUAUGAAGAGUUUCAGACACUCAUUAACUCCGUGUGGGACCCACUUGUGGAGAAAGAAUUAUCCUUCAUUAUUCGACGCAAAAACGACAAAAAAGCUGUCGCUGUCGCCUUAAAUUUCGAUGUGUAUGACGAACCUUCAGAAAUUGAAGCCAGCAAAGGAAUCGGAUAUGUCCUUGAAAUGCUGGAAUUUAUUGAGAGCCGACAACGCGAAAAGCUUCCAAAGGGAAAAGGGAAAUUAGUCCACAGUUUCAUGAUGGGAACCUCCGAAGACAUUGACGAGUCUGAGAACGUUUUUGUCAUUCAGUUCAUGGAAGAGCGAGUCAUACAAAUGGCCGAAGAGAAGAAAUUCUUUGGAGUGAUGACCACUAAUACGAAUGCUUUAACACAGCAAAUAGCUCGUGACAUUCACGGAUAUGAAACUCUGUCCGAGUACCACGUGAACCGAUAUGUCGCCCCCGAUGGGACUAAACCCUUCAUGCUUGCACCAGACUCAUUUACGAUCAUUUGCUGUUGGAGGAAAGUGGGUCAUCACCAUUUGAACGCCGAGGACACAUUUUUCCACGAGGACACCAGCGAACCUGGUGCUGAUGGGGACACGAUCACUGCGGACGUUUCCGGCACCACCCUGGACAUUUAGUUCUUUGGAAAUGAUUUUUUUUGCCUCCGUAUGUAAAUCUCUUGUAUACAAUGAAAUUAGAAUUGACCAAAAUCGUGCUAUAUUGCUAUGCGUGUAAAGUAAUAAUAAAACAAGACGUUAUAGUACUACGUCUAAUUAAUA